AUGUUAACUGUUAAUGACACCAAAUCCAUACAUGCCGUGUUCCUUCUCAGCGGGGUGCCUGCACAGCAAGAAGUCCAUCUCUGGAUUGCUGUUGCCUUCUGCAUAAUGUACGUCAUUUCAAUAGUAGGGAAUUCAGUCAUUCUGUUCAUUAUAAAAACAGAUCCAAGCCUCCAUGAGCCCAUGUACAUUUUCCUUUCCAUGUUGGCCGUCACAGACCUUGGGGUAUCGAUGACCACCAUGCCAACAAUAUUGGGAAUAUUCUUGUUUAACUCUAGAGAGAUCCGUUUUAAUGCCUGUUUUGCGCAGCUGUUUUUCAUUCACAUACUUCAAUGCACUGAAUCUGCUGUUCUCUUGCUGAUGGCCUUUGAUCGCUUCCUCGCAAUCAGUGACCCACUGAGAUACGCCUCCAUUUUAACCCCAUCGAGAAUAGCUAAGAUGGGACUGGUGUUUGUGCUAAGAGGGGUGGCUGUAGUAUUCCCAUUCCCCCUUCUCCUGCAACGGUUCCUAUAUUGUCGAGGAAACGUCCUCUCCCAUUCCUACUGCCUGCACCAGGACGUCAUGAAAUUGGCUUGUUCAGACAUCAGGGUCAAUAUUAUCUAUGGCUUAUUUACCAAACUGUUAACAAUGGGGUUGGACUCGCUGCUCAUCUUCCUUUCUUAUGUGCUGAUCCUCAAAACGGUGCUGAGCAUCGCGUCCCGCAUGGAGAGCUUCAGGGCCCUGAACACCUGCGUCUCCCACCUCUGCGCCGUCCUGCUCUUCUACGUACCAGAGAUUAGCUUGUCUGUGAUAUACAGAUUUCCAACAGGCUCGUCUCACUUGCUUCAGGUUCUCCUGGGCUACAUCUCCCUGUUCAUCCCACCCCUGAUGAACCCAGUGGUGUACAGCGUGAAAAGCACACACCUUCGUGCGAGGAUCAUCAGGGUGUUCAUCAAGUGA